AUGGAUAAGAAUGGCAAUGGAUACGUCGAGUUUGACGAACUUGUCCAUGUCCUAAUUCCUCGUGAUUCCUCAGUGUUUGAUCGCGACGGUAAUGGAUUCAUUACCGCCGCAGAGCUGGCCGGAUCCAUGGCCAGAAUGGGACAGCCGCUCACGUACCGUGAGCUAGCCGCCAUGAUGGCUCAAGCCGACAGCAAUGGCGACGGUGUUAUAAGUUUUGAAGAGUUUGUUAAUAUUUUGGCAAAAUCUGCUGCUGAUUUUCUUGGUAUUAAGGUGGCGUAG